AUGGCUAAAGACUUCUAUCUGUACGAGAACAUCUCAAAGAUCAGUCCUUUUGAGGGUCCACAGUAUCACCUGGCUCCAAGAUGGGUUUUUUUAUUCCAGGCGGCAUUCAUGGGCUUUGUCUUUUUCGUUGGCACACCACUCAACACCACUGUGCUGUUUGUCACGGCCAAGUACAAGAAACUGCGCCAGCCUCUGAACUUCAUCUUGGUGAAUAUAUCUCUUGCGGGAUUCAUUUUCGAUGUGUUCUCUGUCAGCCAAGUCUUUCUUGCAAGCCUGAGAGGGUAUUACUUUCUGGGUCACACGAUGUGUGCUUUGGAAUCUGCAAUGGGAACAACAGCAGCCUUGGUAACAUCAUGGUCACUUGCGGUCUUGGCAAUUGAGAGAUAUUUGGUUAUCUGCAAACCACUUGGAACAUUUAAAUUUGGGACAUCCCACGCCCUCGCUGGGGUGGCGUUCACCUGGGUAAUGGCAAUCGGAUGUGCAGCACCACCGUUCUUUGGCUGGAGCAGGUACAUUCCUGAGGGCCUAGGGUGCUCCUGUGGGCCCGACUGGUACAUGCAAGGUACAGAGUACAACUCUGAGUCCUAUACGUGGUUCCUCAUGGUCACUUGCUACAUCGCCCCACUGAGCUGCAUCCUUUUCUCCUACUUCCAACUUUUGGCUGCCUUGAGGGCUGUGGCAGCCCAGCAGGCUGAGUCUGCAUCGACGCAGAAGGCAGAAAAAGAAGUGACCAGGAUGAUUAUUGUGAUGGUGAUGUCCUACCUGAUCUGCUACACACCGUAUGCUUUAGCUGCACUGUACUACACACUGGAUCACGAGUCAGAAAAGGACUACCGCUAUGUGUCCAUUCCUGCUCUUUUCUCCAAGAGCUCCUCUGUGUAUAAUCCAUUUAUCUACUGUUUCAUGAACAAGCAGUUUAAUGCAUGCAUCAUGGAGACUGUGUUUGGAAAGAAGAUUGAAGAGGCUUCGGAGGUGUCCAAAACAGAUGUAUCAUCUGUUUCAACAGCUUAAACAAGUUGUCAAGCUUUUUUACAUGUUCAUUUGAAGACACCAGAUUAUUUGUGCAUGCUCCUUUGGUCCAACUUUUAACAGUUGAAAGAAACUGAUGAAGGUCUGAUGCAAAGUUGGGAUGUGAUUUUGUAAUGUGCACUGUAUAUUGGUUGUUUUCAGCACUUUUAAAUGUACCCUGCAUGCUCAUAUG